ACAAUUCUUAGAUGCUUAGAUGAUGAAUUGUAGAAUAAAUUCUCCAUUUGUAAAAUAAUUUUAGAAUUCCACAUUAACAAAAUGAGUUUCGAAAUGUUUUUUUAAAAACCUCAUUACCAUCCUAGGGGAGCUAGGAUGGUAAUGAGGUGCUUGAAAUGUUGUAGGUGGCUGAGUUUAUACUGCUACCAUUGAGACUGAUCGGGACUCCGUCUUUGUGGAUCUAUGGAAGUCCAUAUAUACAGGGUGUAGCAUCCCCUGGGUAAAGGCGAUGACAUGCAGGGGGGUCAGUGGUUUUUCCCUUUCAAGUUCUUGUAGGCAACUGAUGACUUUGUUUUUGUAGUUGCUUCUGGGGUUUCACCUUGAAGCUUCAUAGGUAUUGUUGUCACUGAGGAGUUUAGUCAUGUUUAUUUGCUCUGCUUCUUUUUGUCAGGGAUAAAAUGCAUAUAUAUACUUUUUGUGUCCCAGCUGAGUAACAGGAGAAGAGGAGUCUGGUGGUGCAGCAGAAGAACAAUUUCAGCCAUUUGGACUCAGCUCAGCCACUACAGAGGAAACAAUGACUUCAACACAAAAGGACCAACAUGGAGCGAGAAGUCAGCGCUCUCAGGAGGCCGACAAACCUCACAGAAGAAAGGGAGAGAAAACCUACAGCUGUGAUGAGUGUGGGAAGGAUUUUACCCGGACUGGACACUUAAAAGCUCACCAACUCAUCCACAGUGGAGUUAAAGGUUACAGCUGUGAAUUGUGUGGAAAGUCUUUUACCCAGGCUGGAAACUUAAAAACUCACCAACUCAUCCACAGUGGAGUUAAAGGUUACAGCUGUGAAUUGUGUGGAAAGUCUUUUACCCAGGCUGGAAACUUAAAAACUCACCAACUCAUCCACAGUGGAGUUAAACCCUACAGCUGUGACUUGUGUGGAAAGUCUUUUACCAAGGCUGGAAGCUUAAAAGCUCACCAACUCAUCCACAGUGGAGUUAAACCGUACAGCUGUGAUGAGUGUGGGAAGUCUUUUACCCUGGCUCAAAGCCUAAAAACACACCAAGUCUUCCACAGUGGAGUUAAACCUUACAGCUGUGAAUUGUGUGGAAAGUCUUUUACCCAGGCUGGAAACUUAAAAACUCACCAACUCAUCCACAGUGGAGUUAAACCGUACAGCUGUGACUUGUGUGGAAAGUCUUUUACCCAGACUACAGACUUAAAAAGACAUCAACUCAUCCACAGUGGAGUUAAACCUUACAGCUGUGAGUUUUGUGGAAAGUCUUUUACCCGGGCUCAAAGCCUAAAAACACACCAAGUGUUACACAGUGGAGUUAAACCUUAUAGUUGUGGGUUGUGUGGGAAGGAUUUUACCCAUGCUCAAAGCCUAAAAAUUCACCAACUCAUCCACAGUGGCGUUAAAGCUUACAGCUGUGACCUGUGUGGAAAGCCUUUUACCCUGGCUCAAAGCCUAAAAAUUCACCAACUCAUCCACAGUGGAGUUAAAGCUUACAGCUGUGAGUUGUGUGGAAAGUCUUUUACCAAGGCUAGCGGCUUAAAAACUCACCAACUCAUCCACAGUGGAGUUAAACCUUACAGCUGUGACUUGUGUGGAAAGUCUUUUUCCCAGGCUAUCAGCUUAAAAACUCACCAACUCAUCCACAAUGGAGUUAAACCUUACAGCUGUGACUUGUGUGGAAUGUCUUUUCAAUAUCCAUAUCAGCUGAAAAAACACCAACAGAUCCACACCAGAAAGUAACUCUACAAGUGCAGUUACUGUGAGGUAUGUAUUUAUAUUUAUCUUGUAUUUUUAACCUGAUUGUUUGGAACAAGUCUGAUCAGUAAACUUAUGGAGUUAUACUGAAUGAACUGUUUGGAAAAAUGAAGACUCAUUUUCUCUCAGUAAGCUGAGUGUUGUAAUGUAAACAGUAAAAUGUAAUUGGACGUUGGCAGAGAUGCUCUUUAUUUCAGGCGACGUUCAGGAUAAAAAUGUUGAAGGAAUUCCCUGACUUACACUGUCUUUGUUUAGAAGUGGAGCGACGCACAUGGAUCCACUUCUCAACCCUGUCGUCACUGUGGUGGUGGGAAAGAGUUUCUCUGUGACCUUUGUAGAAAAACCUCCAGUCAUGAACGGGACCUAAAACCUCAUCAACGUAGACACACUGGAGCCAAAAUGAACUACUGCAAAGAAUGUGGGAGAGGCUUCCACACACCAAGUACAUUAAAAAUACAUGAACUCUUCCACAGUGGGGUCAAGAAGCACAUCUGUGACCAGUGUGGGUCAUCCUUCACCACUGCACAUGAGCUCAGUGAAAAAACAUAAGCGAAUCCACACAGGAGAGACACCAUACAAGUGCAGACACUGUGACAAAAGCUUCUCACAAUCAGGUCAUCGUAACAAAC